UUGGAUUAUUACUGGUUGGAUCCUGCCACGUGGCAUAGCCGGGAAACAUCACCGAUUAGUUCGCAUCCUGUAACGUGGCAACCAUCUAAAGAGGGGGACCGAUUGAUCGGACGUGUUAUUCUUAACAAGAGAACAACCAUGCCCAAAGAACCGGGUGCAUUACUGGGUCUGAAAGUUGUUGGAGGAAAAAUGACUGACUUAGGACGCCUUGGUGCCUUCAUCACCAAAGUAAAGAAGGGUAGCCUUGCAGAUGUAGUUGGACAUUUAAGAGCAGGGGAUGAAGUUCUAGAAUGGAAUGGUAAACCCCUGCCGGGAGCUACAAAUGAAGAAGUUUACAACAUUAUUUUAGAAUCAAAAUCAGAACCUCAAGUUGAAAUUAUUGUUUCAAGGCCUAUUGGUGACAUUCCACGGAUUCCUGAGAGCUCCCAUCCUCCCCUGGAGUCCAGUUCAAGUUCUUUUGAAUCUCAGAAGAUGGAAAGGCCUUCCAUUUCUGUUAUUUCUCCAACAAGUCCUGGAGCUCUAAAAGAUGCCCCGCAAGUCUUACCAGGACAACUUUCUGUGAAAAUGUGGUAUGAUAAAGUGGGACACCAGCUGAUUGUAAAUGUUCUACAAGCCACAGAUCUACCUUCUAGAGUAGACGGGCGUCCCAGGAAUCCCUAUGUAAAAAUGUAUUUUCUUCCAGAUAGAAGCGAUAAAAGUAAGAGAAGGACCAAAACCGUAAAGAAAGUACUAGAACCAAAAUGGAAUCAAACUUUCGUCUAUUCCCACGUACAUCGUAGAGAUUUUAGAGAACGGAUGCUAGAAAUCACUGUGUGGGAUCAACCCAGAGUGCAGGAAGAAGAGAGCGAAUUUCUCGGAGAGAUCCUCAUAGAACUGGAGACAGCACUUCUAGAUGAUGAACCGCAUUGGUAUAAACUGCAGACACAUGAUGAGUCUUCACUACCUCUGCCUCAGCCAUCACCUUUCAUGCCAAGGCGACACGUUCACGGAGAAAGCUCCAGCAAAAAACUGCAGAGAUCUCAGCGAAUCAGUGACAGUGACAUCUCAGAUUAUGAGGUUGACGAUGGUAUUGGAGUAGUUCCUCCAGUAGGUUAUAGGUCUAGUGCUAGAGAAAGUAAAUCUACAACAUUAACUGUGCCAGAACAGCAAAGAACAACUCAUCACCGCUCACGCUCAGUGUCUCCUCACCGCGGCGAUGAUCAGGGAAGGCCGCGCUCACGUUUACCAAAUGUGCCAUUACAGAGGAGUUUAGAUGAAAUUCAUCCAACAAGAAGGUCACGUUCUCCAACCAGACACCAUGAUGCCUCUAGAAGUCCAGUUGAUCACAGAUCCAGAGAUGUGGAUAGUCAGUAUUUAUCUGAACAAGACAGUGAGCUUCUCAUGCUGCCCAGAGCAAAACGAGGACGAAGUGCAGAGUGCCUACAUACGACCAGACAUCUUGUUAGUCACUAUAAAACAUUACCUCCCAAGAUGCCUUUGUUAGAGAACGGUUCUCACUGGAAUAUUUACAGCUCAGUUCUGCCUGCGCAUACUGAAACCAAAUCAGUGACUAGACAGGACUUUCCCCUUCAUCAUAACUGCUUUAACUCAAAAGUAUCGAGACUUAUUGAUGAGAUAUUGGUUAGUGAACUGCAGCCCUCCCUUGACAGGGCUAGGAGUGCUAGUACCAACUGCUUGAGACCAGAUACUAGUUUGCAUUCACCAGAACGAGAAAGGGGUAGAUGGUCCCCCUCCCUAGAUAGGAGACGACCUCCUAGCCCCAGGAUUCAAAUCCAGCAUGCAUCUCCGGAGAAUGACAGGCACUCCAGAAAGUCUGAAAGAUCUAGCAUCCAAAAACAGACUAGGAAAGGCAUUGCCUCUGAUGCAGAAAGGGUUCUCCCACCAUGUCUUUCUAGAAGGGGAUACGCAGCCCCAAGAGCAACUGAUCAGCCAGUCCUUAGGGGAAAGCACCCCGCCCGCUCGAGGUCGAGCGAGCACUCUAGUGUCAGGACACUGUGCCCCGCCCGCCGCCUCGGCCCCGGAGGGUCGGCGCCACCUUCUCCGCUUCUGACCAGAACGCACCGACAAGCCAGCCCAGGCCACUCUCCUCCCGCGGACGCGGCCUUCGGCAGCCGGCGGGGAAGGCAGCUCCCGCAAGUGCCAGUGCGAAGCGGCAGUAUCGAACAAGCAAGCUUAGUAGUGGAGGAGCGAACAAGACAGAUGAAAAUGAAAGUGCACCGAUUUAAGCAGACAACAGGGUCUGGUUCUAGUCAAGAACUUGAUCGCGAGCAAUAUUCCAAGUAUAACAUACAUAAAGAUCAGUACAGAAGCUGUGAUAACGUCUCUGCCAAAUCAUCAGAUAGUGAUGUCAGUGAUGUGUCCGCCAUUUCCAGAACCAGCAGUGCCUCGCGCCUCAGCAGCACCAGCUUUCUGUCGGAGCAGUCGGAGCGCCCCCGGGGGGGCAUCAGUUCAUUUACCCCUAAAAUGCAAGGCAGACGGAUGGGGACUUCAGGAAGAGCCAUCACGAAGAGCACCAGUGUGAGUGGAGAGAUGUACACACUGGAGCAUAAUGACGGCAGCCAGUCGGACACGGCCGUGGGGACAGUGGGAGCCGGCGGGAAGAAACGGAGGUCCAGCCUCAGCGCCAAAGUGGUGGCCAUCGUGUCGCGACGGAGUAGAAGCACAUCCCAACUAAGCCAAACAGAGUCGGGCCACAAGAAGUUAAAAAGCACCAUUCAGAGAAGCACAGAAACGGGGAUGGCGGCCGAAAUGAGGAAGAUGGUGCGGCAGCCAAGCCGGGAGUCCACCGACGGCAGCAUCAACAGCUACAGCUCCGAGGGGAACUUAAUAUUUCCUGGAGUGCGACUAGGAGCAGACAGUCAAUUUAGUGAUUUUCUUGAUGGGCUGGGACCAGCCCAGCUUGUUGGCCGCCAAACCCUCGCCACCCCUGCAAUGGGUGACAUACAAAUCGGGAUGGAGGAUAAGAAGGGCCAGCUGGAGGUGGAGGUGAUCAGGGCGCGAAGCCUCACGCAGAAACCCGGCUCCAAAUCCACACCUGCUCCAUACGUCAAAGUCUAUCUUUUGGAAAACGGGGCCUGUAUAGCCAAGAAGAAGACAAGAAUUGCACGCAAAACCCUUGAUCCUUUGUAUCAACAGUCCCUGGUGUUUGACGAAAGUCCACAGGGUAAAGUUCUUCAGGUGAUUGUUUGGGGAGACUAUGGAAGAAUGGACCAUAAAUGCUUUAUGGGUGUGGCUCAAAUCUUGUUGGAAGAACUUGAUCUGUCCAGUAUGGUAAUCGGAUGGUACAAAUUGUUCCCACCGUCAUCAUUGGUGGAUCCCACACUCACUCCCCUAACCCGUCGGGCUUCCCAAUCAUCUCUGGAAAGUUCAACUGGGCCUCCCUGCAUUCGAUCAUAGUGAACUUAUACCUGAGUCAUUCCAACAAAACUCUGCCUUUCAGGAUAAUAAUCUGAACCAGAUAUGUCAUGAUCAAAAGCAUUGUUGGAGACAGACAAUCAACCUGUGUUUUGCUGUGGUAGUUUUUCAGUGAUGUGUCCCAACUGUUGUUUCAAACCUGGCUUCAUAUGACAGAACAAGGCAGUCUAUCAGAUUACAGUAAGAGCCAAUAUGCUAGUGAGAGCCACUGAUGCUUCUAACAAACAACAAAAAAGGAAACUUCAAAUUUACACACACACACGCACACACACGCACCCAAAAUUAAACAAACUGGAAACUCUCACUCUGUGAAAAGUUGUAUUUUACACGUUUCUACACAGACCACGAGCAGUGUUAUUUCCCUGGUGUUUGAGAAGUUUUGUUCUUUUGUGUUUUGUUUCUGUGUGUGUUAUUUGUUGCUUUUGGAUUUGUUUUGUUUCGUUUUUCACUGUUUGUUACUUACACUAGUUUUCGGCUGUGUCAUGACAGGCCUCAUGAUGCUUACAGAGACCCUUCUUUUCUUUUUCCAAAAGCACCACAAAAAGGGCUGAAGCAGUCUCUGUAGCAUCUCCCCAAAGUGUUCAACAGCUCGAUAAGAUGAGGCCCAUGAAGGGCUCCACUAGCUUUCAUUGUAAAAUCCCUCAAAGUCUUACAUGUGGAAACCCAGAAAACAAAAAGUUAUCUUCCAAAACAAACAAUCCCAGAAUCACCAUUUUUAAUGGAGAGCAUAUCUGUUCAUGUUCUAAAAAAUUAGUUUACAUUUUCCAUUGUUUUGCAUGGAAGACUUUUAAAGAAGUCAAUCUACAACUCAUGCUGGGAACUAAAACUAACUGCACAAUCGUACUUCGGAAACACUCCUUGCCAUGCCUUUUUCUUGCUGACUUUCAAAAAAAAAAAAGUAUAUGCUCAUGUGUAUAAACUACACUUUUGACUUCCCAAAAUGGUGACUAGAAAUGGAUGUGAGCCUAAGACACUUCCAGCUAUGCCCAGGCUUCUCGACCAUGUCCCAGUGUAGACACACCCAUCCGCCCCAGAAAGAGCAUGGUAUGAGCUGUUCAGUAUUCCACUGGAAAUUCCAGUCGAACUAUUCUGCACUAAAUUAAUGUUUUUAUCCGAUUUUAGUUUACAUUUCUUUGAGAUCGAUGCAAGCACAAAGCUCGACUUUUUUAAAGCAAAGUAUCUUACUUUGGGGGGGAGAUAAAACAAAGUUAAAUUUCAAUUUGCAUUUUCUUCAUCUGAGUUUUUCUUGGCCUUGAACUUCCCUUGUGACAUUCUGUGUGUGUGUCCCAUACUGCAGACCCUGCAGGUGCAUCGAUAUGUUCUCCUUUUAUGAGUCUUUCAACUUUUGUGAUUACACAAAUAGAGCAGCAUGACUUGGAACUGUUCAACGCUGCAUGCACGUUUUGUAAAAAAAUACAUAAAAAUAAAUAAAAAACGAAAAAGAAAAGAAACAAAAGGUUAUUUAAUAAUGUAUGUUAGUUCCACAUAGGCCCGCUUGUAUGUUGCAUGUACUUGUACAGUUUGCUCGUUAAUUACUAUACUGAAAUAACCAAGAAAUCUAAGCCAUCCAUUUUUGUUAUAGACAUUUUGCAGGUUAUCGCCAGACUCGAUCUGUGAGCCUGGGGUGAAAUGUCUAUAGAUGGGCUUUAUUUUUUACCCUCUGGAAAACGUGAUGUAGUAUGGACCAAAUUACUUCUAAUCAAUAUUUUGGUGUAGAUUCCUACUGUGGGGCUGUAACACAUGUAGACACUGUGUACACACUAGGUUUUAAUCCAUAGACAUACUGCCUGCACCAAGUGAAUUCUUUAUCAUUAUUUACACACGCCAGAAUUACCUGCCCAUCAUCACAGGGCACAGAUUGACCACUACUCACCAUGCUGAGCAGGAAGAACUGAAGCACUGGUGCACUUCUACUAGAUUCCGUUCUGUCUUAGUGGCCAACAAUCAAUUAUAAUUGGGUAGUAUCUUUCUAUUUUGACCACUUGUCUUAACACUCCCCUGUGCUUUUAAAUGAACUUCCAACUCAUGUAUGUAAACAUGUUUAAUAAAAUUUACUUUUCAUGUCAGUCGGUAGCCAUCUGUGUUCUAUGUUUUGCCCAGAUAUCCACUGCGGGUUCUAUGGUGCAAAAUGGGAGCCAGAUCACGGGAAGGGGAGGUUGGGAUUGUUGUCUGCUGCGGGCGUUUGACUUGACUUGUCACUGCACUAUCUAUGUCUUAAUCUAUGGCCCAAAGGGUACUUUGCAUCACGUACAAGUUUUCACUUUGUCAGCCUGUCUAAGUGAGCACAUGACUAUACUUCUGAAAAGUGGCAUUAUUAAAAAACAAUAAAUCUAUGAGAAUCCAAUGGAGAAGGUUGUGUUUCUGCUGCUGUUUGAGUGUGCUAAUAAAAGAGACAACUCUGU